AUGGUGCUACACCCUCAGGGAAUCAAGGAAGUCGACUCUGCGAUUCUUGAGCAAAAAGUAUCGAGCAAUGUAGACGUGGUAUUUCGCCUUCACGCUCUUAGCAAAAGGCUAAAGCAAAAAAUCAAGAGAUUAGAUGCGUCACACCAUCUUGUGAAGAAAUACAAGUCUUUCAUAAACAACAUUCGAGCAAUAAUUGAUCGCAUAAUUGUACAAAGUUUGGGCGACGACGAAUCGUUAUCCGAAGAUGCAUCUGAGCUUAAGUACGAAUUCAUCGGAGAUUCACAACUUAGGAUUAACGACGAAACGCUUGAAAUUUCAGAAGAUGAGUCCAAUGAUGCGCACGAUGACGACUCCGAAUCCGAAUUUAAGUAUACUAAUGUCAACAACCAAGCGGCUUGUCAAAUAUCGGACACCAUUUUCGCACCUAUUACAAUAUUCGAUCGGCUCUAUAUCCAUCAAAAGAAAGGUUUGAAAUGGUUGGCUGGGCUACAUCAUCGUGGGCACGGUGGUAUAUUAGCCGAUGAAAUGGGAUUAGGGAAAACCAUCACAAUUCUGUCUUUUUUCAAUGCGCUGAUAUUUUCUACCGAGUCCAAAACGCUCAAUUUAGAGGGUGGAUUGCACGUCCUAGUUGUGUGUCCAACUACGCUAAUUUCACAGUGGAAGGAUGAAAUGGGUAAAUGGGCCCCGCUUUUGAAGCCUAUCGUAUUUCAUGGCGCUUUGGGUUCUUUCGGUAAACGAGCAAUUUUCGGAAAGAGUCAAAGAGUGAAAUACAAAGCCCUCAUAACGAGCUAUGAAACAUUGAGAGUCCAUAUCGAAACCAUUAACGCUUGCCAUUGGUCAUACGUAGUCCUAGAUGAAGGGCAAAAAAUUAGAAACCCUGAUGCGGCCAUAACGCUUGCAGUGAAGACUCUGGGUACUCCGCAUAGGAUUCUGCUCUCAGGAUCGCCUAUACAAAACAACCUUGUGGAAUUUUGGUCCUUGUUGGAUUUUGUUGCACCUGGGCAUUUGGGUACACUUCCUUUAUUCACUGAACAGUUUGUGGAACCCAUUAUGAGGUCCACUGACGUAUGCAAUAAUUCAGCUGCAUAUAAUUGUGCUUUGCGUUUAAGAGAACUGGUCCAUCCUUUUAUUCAAAGGAACCUAAAAAGCGAAUUCACGGAUUGUUUGAGACUUCCAAAGAAAACAGAGCAUAUCAUAAUGUGCAAUUUGACUAGAGUGCAAUACCAAGUCUAUAUUGCCCUUCUCAAAAACGUCAUUAAUGUUGAAUCGGUGGGCAAUAGCAACUUGGCAUUAGCUGUGAAAACGUCCAUCAGUCGUAUGGGUAGUAAGAUGAAAUCCAGCAAAUUCUUGCUUUUGCUAACAUUACUUAGGAAAGUCUGCAAUCACCCUGAUCUGGUUUUAAAAGAACAUCCUAAAGACUUCGGUAACGUAGAAAGGUCUUCUAAACUGAUGAUUGCACUCGAUAUCAUAUCCAACUGGGAAGUAAACGGGCAUAAGAUUUUGGUUUUUUCACAAACUAUACAGAUGCUGAACAUUAUCUAUGCCAACUUGGCCACACGGUAUGGUGCGUGUAGAAUAGCUAGAAUCGAUGGUGACAUCUCCAUAAAAAGGCGUUCCGGUAUUUUAGAUGCUUUCGAAAAGGGGGAAGAUGUUUUUGUCUUGUUACUAACAACUCGAGUAGGGGGCGUAGGUCUAAAUCUUACGUGUGCGGAUCGUAUUCUUAUUUUUGAUCCAGAUUGGAAUCCGAUGACCGAUUCACAGGCCAGAGAAAGGUCGUACAGAAUCGGCCAGAACAGGGAUGUUGUCAUCUAUAGGUUGAUAUCUGCACAUACUGUGGAAGAAAAAAUUUAUCACAGGCAAAUAUACAAGUUUUAUUUAAGCGAACGCAUACUCACUGAUCCCCGUGUUAUGGGUUUUAGAUUUCUGCCCGCCUCUGAUCUCCUUUCUUUGCCGCCAAAACCCGCAGGUCCAGGUGAUACCGGUGAAUAUAUGCAUGACGUGGAAAAGCAGCUUAAAUCUAUCGAUUUUGAGAUGGAAAUCAGGCAACUUAACAACACUAACGGAAUAUACCAACGUUCAAGCGAUGUAGCUAAAUGCGUAUCAGAAGAAAACCCCAUCCUGCAGUCAAUAUUUGCACAUCACGAAAUCGAGGGAGUAAUCAAGCAUGACGAUAUUGAAAAUAGGAUUUACGCAAAUGUUGACCAGGAUUCCUCAGUAAUUGCGGAUAAGGCUAUACAACUUUUGAAAAGAUCGCUAAAGGAACGAAGUGCAUAUGAUAUAUCGGUUCCAACAUGGACUGGCGAAAAUGGUCAGGCUGCGGCGCCAGUGUGUUGCAAUGGGCGUAAGGUGCCAAAAGGUGGUACCGGAAACAGUGUUUCCAUGUUACAAAAUCUAAGACGUAAGACUCACGGUCCUGACGUUGCGGUGAUACGCAAGGAUAUGUGCCCUAUGAUUAACAUAAUUUUAGACUACUUCAGACGUGCACCAAAAUUAGAAAUUCCAACGGGAGAGGUAUGUAAUCCAACAUUUCGGACCACUCAUUCCAGAUUGCCCGUAAAAAAUUCAUCAGACUAUAGUUAUGUCAGUUGA